GACUUGGCUUUCCUUCUCCCAGAUUCGAACGAGGGCUACGACUAGUUCUCUGGGGAGCAGGCCGCAGCCGCCUAGAAUUCUGAUCAGUAUCUUAGACAUUUAGGGACACAGAAAAUUUGGGGCAAGUAAGGCGGGAACUGAGUCGAGAUGUGAGAGAAAGCUAGGACUGCCUCAAAGGCUCGACCGGAAAGUUUUGGGUUGAUGAAUGAGGUUGGCGGUCCAUGGGGACAGCUGGAAGCCAGCGAGGUCUUAGGAAUGGAGAAGGGGUAUUGAAGGGCUGUACUUUGGCCGGCACUGUCUGCAGGAGGCUCCCUAUGGAUUCCAAGGCCAUAUUUCUACCCACUUUCGAACAGCAUUGGCCUCAGAGCGACCCAAGGCGAGGCACCAACUUCCUUUCCUCUAUCUAGCUGCCGGCAGGUGGGGGUCGGGGGUGUUCAAAGAGACAGUUAAAUGUCCCGGCUUGUCCUGCUGGCAACCCACUAAUGCAUACUCUUCUUUGAGCCCACGGAGGUCACCCAGCCUUCAGCCCGCAGCCAGGAAACCCCGGAACUCUUUCCUCAAGGGAGGAGAAAAAGGCGAGAAGGCCGUCACACAGUCCAGCCUUGUCUCUGUGCUAAAGGGCCUGAUGGAGGGGAGUCGGGGAGAUGUCGGUACAGCUGGCAAUAGCAAACUGCGGGUAGAAGCCAGGAGCUUUUUUUGGUUUUGGCUUCAGAGCUCCCUGGCAGGCUGAAGGGCCCCUGUUCUGCACUGUCCCAGCUGAGCCGUGGCGGAGAGGCCGGCAUGCCUUUGCCUGAGUGCCUGCCGGUUAAUCAGUGCAGAGCAGCGUUCAUGGCUCCCGGACUAAAAUCUCUGGCUUGGAAAGCAGGCUGUAGGUGACCUCUGACCUUGAGCAGGCUUGAGCAGUCCAGGGUGAUCCUACAACGUUCAGCCUCGGUGUUCCCCCAAAGAAAAACAGUGUCUUUUGCGUGUACCCACCGGCCCACCUGCUUGGCUCUCCCCCAAACCAAUUAAUUACGGCGGCUGGCUGGCACCCUUUCCUCUUCUCAAAGUGUGAGGAGGAAGGCUCAAAGUCAGAAAAUGAGAUACAAGACUUCCUUGGUGAUGAGGAAAAGAUUACGGCUUUACCGAAACUCCCUAAAAGAGUCUAGUAGCAGCUCCGGACACCAUGGCCCCCAGCUUGCUGCCGCCUCCAGCCCCUCGGUGUUCCCGGGCCUUCAAGAGCAGCCACCGCAGGCCUCCCCCAGCGGCAGUUUGAACGGACUCCUGCGUCUGGGGCUCCCUGGAGACAUGUACGCGCGGCCCGAACCCUUUACGCCGGGACCGGUGGCCCGCAGCGACGCUCUGGCAGCUGCCGCGGCCCUGCACGGCUACGGGGGCAUGAACCUGACCGUGAACCUCACGGCGCCCCACGGUCCUGGUGCCUUCUUCCGCUACAUGCGCCAGCCGAUCAAACAGGAGCUCAUCUGCAAGUGGCUGGCAGCCGAUAGCCCCGCGCCCCCGCGCCUCUGCUCCAAAACUUUCAGCACCAUGCACGAGCUGGUCACGCACGUCACCGUGGAACACGUCGGCGGCCCGGAGCAGGCCAACCACAUCUGCUUCUGGGAGGAGUGUCCGCGCCAGGGCAAGCCCUUUAAAGCCAAAUACAAACUUGUAAAUCACAUCCGCGUGCACACGGGCGAGAAGCCCUUCCCCUGUCCUUUCCCGGGGUGUGGGAAGGUGUUUGCUAGAUCAGAAAAUCUCAAAAUACACAAAAGAACUCACACAGGGGAGAAGCCCUUCAGGUGCGAGUUCGAGGGCUGCGAGCGGCGCUUCGCCAACAGCAGCGACCGCAAGAAGCACUCGCACGUGCACACGAGCGACAAGCCAUACACGUGCAAAGUGCGCGGCUGCGACAAGUGCUACACGCACCCCAGUUCUCUGCGUAAGCACAUGAAGGUGCAUGGGCGCUCGCCGCCGCCGCCUAGCUCUGGCUACGACUCAGCCACGCCGUCUGCCCUGGUGUCGCCCUCAUCGGACUUCGGCCGCGACCCGCCGGUGGCCUCCUCGGCGGCGGUGGCGGCGCGUGGCGCCGACCUGAGUGAAUGAUGUCCACCGCGUUGCUCGCAAGGUAAUCUCGCCCAACGCAGCUGAGCGCCCGCAUCUAGCGCCUGCGACAUCAAAGGGUCCGCGCACAAAGCAAUGUUUCUUCGCCACGGUGCAUCUUCAUGGUAAGUUAGGAUUUCUAUGGCAAUGGGCAAGUUGCACUGAAAUCCUGAAAGGCCGAGCCUGGAGCCCGUCCAGGCUUUUCAUUAAGGACAUAAUAUUUACGUCUAACAGGCCUUUUUUCUUGUGUAUACAAGUAUAUAUUUUUGUUUGACGCGGACUAAAUCAUUUUCAUUUAAUUUCCGGUAAACAAAACCCACGCGAAUGGGCACUUGUUCCCGAUCAUAAUAAAAAUGGAUAAUAAUGUGAGGGAAGAAAAGGGCCGCUUGAAUCGCCGCUCAGCCCCCUUUGUUUCUGCUUUCUGCGGUGAUCAGAGGGCGCAUUUGGGUUUGAUGGCGAGUUUCUAAAGGCGAGGAAAUGGUUUGUAAGAGGGGAAAGAAAAGGAGAAAGGUCUAAUCAAGCUCGGGUUGUUCAAAGAGUCGGGUUUUGGGGUUGAAAGUGUGAGUUUGACGGUGCAUCAGCAUGCCGCGUUAGGCUCGCCAUGGAAAUGCGCGCGGGGAGCGGCCGCUUCAAAGGCGGCACACUUCACUGCAGACACUCUAUUAAGAUACAUUUGCGCUGACCUUUGCUUUCACGCCAUUUAAUACUGUCACUACGUUCUCCAGUAUAUACUUCCUCUUUGGAACCAGCGUCGCCCGCGUUUAGGGGUUCACCCUACACUCCUGUGGGGAGGGAGCAUUUUGAUGCCAGGGACGCAUUCAGGAAAGGAGGAGCCGGACUCCGUGCACCUUGACUGCGCCCCCAAAGAAGCUCCAGGGUCAAGAGUAAAUAACUUUAGGGCAACCUCAGAAGCUUAACAAAUGAGCAUCCCCAGCUCGAUUUUGUGCAACAAGCCUCUCUGCCACUUGAGCAGGGUAGAGGCCUGAAUUUGAAAGGGACUUGUAGAGGGGACACACUGGUUGAAUCUAAGGAGUUCAAACUGUGCCUUUGGGACACUACCACUCUGGUCCCCAGAUCAACCCAUUCUGCCCCCUCUAUCCCAGAGGUCUCUUGCAGGCCCCCAUAUUGUUUCUCCCUAGUGUGGGGCAUAGGAUACCCAUCAGGCCUAGGCUGGCCCUGGGCAUGAACUCAAGAGCCCAAGGCCAAGGGGAUAGGGAAGAUGGCAGGAAAGUUAGAAGUCCAUGUUCCCUUAAUUGUCUUGUUGUUUAUUUUAUCCAAGUACCCCAGUGAAUAGGGGAAAAAUAAACACGGUGAAAAAAAAAAUCAAACAGUAGAGUCUUCUUUAGUGCCAGUCCUUGUGGUUGAAUAAAAAGGAUGGUCCGCUUUCUAUUGAGCUGAGAAAUCUUUGAAGUGGGAGUUAUUAUCUGAGACAUUCCUGCUUGUCGUCCUAACAACGCUGAUGAAACGUAAAAGGUUCUUUGUCAGCGAUUUGUUCUCCUCUCUGUCAAACUCCCUCUGCCCCGUUAGUUUCAAACCGUUUCUAAAGAGAUAAAAUCAAACUUCUUUAAAAAAAAAAUACAUGCACAGUACACUAACUGAUAACUUUAGGACUCAGUCCUGCUAAGGAAAAAACAAAAGCAACACAGAGACAUCAGGCCCAAGGUCUGUGGAGGCGCACAGAUGUUGAGGGGCCUUUUGCAGAGGCUCUGGGACAUGGGGGAAAGAAUGCAGAGGAGGUGUAGGCAGAGGGUACAUACCCCAAGCACCAACUGUGUGUCCACUUCUCUCUGUACUGGCCUGCACUCAUCAGUCCCAGUCAGGUCACUUGGAUGAACCUCCUUUGGGGACCCCUCAAACUCCCAAUAUUCUUGCCAAGGAUGCUUGGAACCUUUGACUGCAGCCAAGCAAUUGUUAAUAUUUUCUGCUCCUUCAAAGACAAUCUCUUCUAAAAAUAGACCCAUUGUGUGUUUCUUCCCACUAGCAGCAAUCAGCAAGCCCUUUUUGCCAUUAAUAGAAAGUAGAGUGGCUUGAAGGAGAGACAUUUUUAUCAUUUCCUGUUUUCUUCAGAGUCUUGGCAAUUGGAGUUCAGAAAGUUCAGUUUACAAGAUAGUGUCCCCAAAGUGCAUGCAAAUACCCUCCUCCCAUCCACAUAUGCAGUUCUUCAUUUAAUAUUGUGCCCAGGAAAGAAAAUUUCACCCUGUCCAGCUUUCCCCAAACCUCCCGAUGUGGUUUUAAAGGUGGUUUACAUACAUAAGGAUGUACUGGCCUCCCUACUGUGUGUGUGCUGAAUAAAUGAUUUGUAAAGAAGUUUCCCCAAGCUGUAACCCAUGCUGUUAUUAUAGUUGCUGCAAAAUGUUGUCUCUUAUAUUGAUUUUUAUUUGUUUACUGGAAGUCCCCAUAUGUUUGUUUAUAUCACUAAUUUAUGGGAAAUGUAAUGAUUGCAAUGAAUGUGAAUUAUACAGACAGGCAAAUGUUUUGUAAUCAUAAAUUCACACACACACACACACACACACACACACACACACACACAAGAAGCCUGACUGAAACCUUAUACUAUUUGGUACAUCUCUACCCACACUGUUUGUGAUUUAUCAUCUCUCCCCCUUAGAUCCUUAAAUUAUGAACUAACCUGAAAGAAAAAUAAAAGUUGUUAUGUAUUUGAUUGAAAGUGAUUGUUGAAUGAAAAAACAUAGUCGAAAGCUGUGGCUUCAUCUUGCUGUAAAUAUGUAAAAAUGGAUUAAAAUCUGUGAUUCUCUUUCCCUCCAAAGAGCGUUGCGUACAUGCAGCUCCAUUUUGCUACUUUCUUUGGUAAUAAAUGUUGUGACGUUUCCCUUCCUCUUUUGAA